AUGUCCGCAAAAGCCGCCGUCACGCAAAUAGUCAAACUCGUCGUCCCCGCUGGGAAGGCUACGCCUUCGCCUCCUGUUGGUCCCGCGCUUGGUGCGCGUGCAGUCAAGGCGAUUGACUUUUGCAAGGAGUUCAACGCGCGCACAGCACACUUCAAGCCCGACGUACCCCUCCCGACCCUCAUCACGAUCAACCCCGACCGCUCGUUCAGCUUUACCUUCCGCACGCCGACCGUGUCAUACCUCCUCAAGAAGGCCGCCAAGAUCGACAAGGGGACUGGUAUGCCCGGGACUGAUAUCGUCGGCACCGUGUCACUCAAGCACGUUUACGAGAUUGCCAAGAUCAAGUGCAAUGAGGAGGCUAUGAAGGCACUCGGUGAGGAGAGGGUUGCGCGCGGGAUUAUUGGAAGCGCGCGUACCCUCGGUAUCGAGGUCGUGCCGUAG